AUGCAGAAAUGUUUAUCACUCUUAGUUGUGUUGCUAUUAUUAAUUUUACGUAAAGAAUUCUUUACGAAAUCAAAAAUUACUAUUAGAAAUGAAACAAAUUUUACUAUUAGUAAGUUUAUAAAAAAAAAGGUUUUUGAUUUAAGUGAAAAAAUUAAAUUAACUAAAUCAAUAAAUAAGUAUCCAUAUAACAAAAAUAAAAAGCAUAUAAUUAAGUUUAAAAAAAUAUUGAAAUAUUCUUUUAUAAAUUCUUUUUAUAAAAUACAUUAUAUUCAAAAUAAAAAUUUGAAAACAAAAGUAUAUAAUAUAAUAAGAAAAAAAAAAAACAAUAAAAAUUUAAUUAAAAUAGGAUCACCAUUUAAAUUGUGUUAUAGAAAUAAAUUUCUGAGGAGCUAUGAAUUAUGUAAAGAAAAAUUGAACUUUUUUUUAAAAAAGUUAAGUUCACAAACAAAAUAUUAUACAUUAAUGAUAAAAAAAUACAUAGAAAAAAACAACAUGAUAAAUUUUAUAUGGAUAUGUAAGAAUAUAUUAUGGAAAAAAAAAAUAUUCUUUUUAACAAUAUUUGUUAUGAUAAAUAGUGCUAUUAUUAGUAUAAUUAUUCCUAGAUUUGAUAACUUAAUAUUUAGUGAAUUAACAAAUAGAAAAUUAGAUAAUUUUUAUUAUAUAUUAUUCAAUUGUAUUUUUUUUCGUAUUAUUAACAUAUCUUUAUGUAGUUUAAGAAAUUACAUAUUUAUGAUUACAAGUUCGGAUUGUUUAAAAACAGUAAAAAGCAUAUUAUUUAAAAUAUAUUUAAAUAAAGAAUAUGAGUAUUAUGAUAAGGUUGAUCAUAACAUAAUUAUAAAUAAACUAACAUUAGAAUCUCAUGAUUUUUCAGAUAUAAUACCAUAUUAUAUAAAUCCAUUUAUACGAAACUUUUUUUCUAUUAUUCUUAAUUUUUCAUAUAUAUUUUACUUAAAUAAGAAGCUAUCUACUGUUAUCCUUUGCUGUUUUUUGUUUUCGUCAUUUUUGACAAUGAUUUCUUCUAAGUUAAAAAAAAAACGAAUAAAAUCUAUAAAUAAACAAAAGGCACAUAAUACUAAAAUAUCAUUGGAAUCAUUGAAUAACAUGAAUAUCAUUAAACUUUAUAGUACAGAAAUACAUGAAUAUAAUAAAUAUUCAAAUUCUUUAAAUCGUAUAUUAAAUUUGCAAAUAAAAAAGGAACAAUUUAAUUUAUUCCAUAUGAUUGUUAAUAAACUUUUUGUAACUAUUACAUAUAUACUAAUUAUUUUACAUGGAGACAUAUUAUUAAAAAAUAAUCAGAUAGAUAAAAAAACAUUCACAUCUUUUUUUUUUUACAUUAAUAAUAUUUAUUCUUAUAUUUACAUAUUAGAUUAUUAUAUUGACAUUCAUGAUAUAGUAGAUCAAUAUCAUCACAUAAUUAAAUUAAUUAAAAAAUAUGUUAUAAAAAAUAGAGAUAAACUGAAUUACAAUGAUAAUGUGAGAGAAACAAAUGUAACAAAUAAGUUAGAUGUGGAAGAAAGUGAAGUAAAUGUAGGAGAUAUAAAAGACAAAAAUCAUAUAAAUAAUAAUAACAUAAUAAACGAAACAAAUAAAAUAAGUAAAAAUAAUAAUACAGAAUUAAAUACUAAUGAUAAAAAGGAAAUUUCCAUAUAUAAAACUUUUAGAAAGAAAAAAAAUAUGGAAAAUGUGUUACAUUUUAAAGAUACCUCAAAUAUAGAGAAUGAUGUUAUCCUUUCAUUCAAAAAUGUUUUCUUUAAAUAUUCAAAUAAUCCUGCUAAUUAUGUUUUAAAAAAUAUAAACAUGAAAAUCUACAAAAAUACAAAUAAUGUAAUAAUAGGAAAAAGUGGGGGUGGUAAAUCAACAAUUUUAAAAUUAAUUUUAAAUUUAUAUAAAUGUACAAAAGGUAAAAUAUAUUUAUAUAAUAAAUUAUUAAAUAGUUAUUCAAGUCGUGAAAUUUUUGAUAAAAUAACUUAUGUUGAACAAAAUUCAAAGUUAUUAAAAGCAACUAUAAAAGAAAACUUAAUAUAUGGGAUAGAUAACAAAAAUUUUGAUAUGCUAGAUUUAAUUAAUGUAUCAAAAUGUUGUACUACUCAUGAAUUUAUAAGUAGAUUAAGAAAAAGAUAUGAAACAAUCAUUUCUAACAAAACAGAAUUAUUAUCUUCAUCUCAAAAACAAAAAAUAUGCAUUGCAAGGGCAUUGAUUAGAUAUCCUAAGAUAUUGCUACUUGAUGAAUCAACAUCAUCUCUUGGGAAAGAAAAUGAAAGGGCGAUUUUUGAAAAUAUAAAAAAAAGUUCUAUUUUUAAAAAAUUAACAAUAAUUCGUAUAACACAUAAAAAAUCUAAUUUGGAUUUAUGUGACAAUAUUUUUAUACUUAAAGAUGGUUAUUUAAGUAGACAAACAAACUUUUAA